AUGGCACACGUGUAUCUAAGCUCAUCGCGAAGUGACUGUGAUCGCGAUUCAGGCUACGGCAGUGACGGUGCCUCGUAUGACAUUGCCUUGAGGUCUGCUACACCGCCUUCGUGGUUCCUUGAGCCACUUUCACCUACUGCAUUCGUUGCAGCUGUCAAGUUAAUCGACUGCACCGCCACUAGACAAGCAGUCGAUACCGCACACGAUGCGCUCCAACUGUUGGAAUACGCUCCCACAUAUACCAACACGUGUCCUACGCUGCUGAAGCAUCUCCACUCCACUAUCUCAAUGGCAGAGAAGCAUAGGCCCAGUUGUGCCCGCGCGCUGGAUCGCUCCAAGACUCAUCGCGGAGAAGGUCACCCUCACGGUUCCAAAGGUACCAAGGGUCGUAAGCCUCAAGACUUCUACAAAGGCAUAACAAGAACGGAAGCACAGAAGUUGAGGAGAAGUGGAGCGACGCCUGAGGCAGCAGCCGGAACCAGACAACGCCUAGCGGAGCAACAUGAUUCAUGGCGCUACGCAACUGAGCAGCAUGAAAGCGAGCAGACUGAAUCUCCGCAGCAGAAACUUGGGCAACAACAAUCGGAGGAGCCUGGUAUCGAGCAGGUCGGGGACGAGCAAGUUGCUAUUGGGCGAGGUGGCCUCGAGCGGCACGUCUCUAUUCCUGCCGCGUUGCACACUGGAGAUGCACCGACCGCCGACGCUUUCAUUGAGUCCAUUCGGACUUUACCAGAGAAUGCAGUACCUGACCUCAUCCAGCGAAUUCAAGAGGAUCCCAAGCAGGACGUUUCGGCAAUUGCGAACUUAUGGCACGACGCCAUUACGUUAUCACAACCACCCUUACUCUCUGAUGCAUCUUCGCCACUCUUGCCGGUAGAACAGAACAGUAUACCAAGCCUUCAGUUCGACAUGUCAGACGAAGGUUACGAGAGCCUGCCCAUUCACUCGCCGUCCGACCUGUCCCGUCCUUUGGAUGGUAUGACUGUGACCAAAGACAUAGCGGUUGGGUUUUUCGAAGGAGACUCUGCAUCAAGUCCUGUUACACCCAACAAAACAUACAGUAUUCGCAACCCGAUGGUAGCACCUCCACAGGUUCCGUACGAGCUACCAUAUCACAAGGGUACUGCUUGCGUGAGCUGCAACAGUUGGACGCAUGACAACGGAAGUGAUGAUCUCUGCAUAGCCUGUCCUGUAUGCAACAGCUUCGUCUGUUUUCUGGAUGAACCGGGUCUCUUGCAACCAGCUCUCAUCCUUGACUUGCUUUCGCAAGUCAGAACUCUACCACUUGAUGGCUUUGCAAAACAAUCCAUUAUUGUCGAUGGACGAGAGGCUACUGAAUUACUAGCCACAGUGUACGCUGUCGUCGCUCAUGAAUGUGGAGGCGAUGAAGGACUUGGGACUGCACACAUGUCACCACGCAAGCUGCUUCGACAACUGGAGGAGUACUUUAAUGCACGACGAUAUCAGGACUUGACCACUCCUGAACAGUUGAAGAUGUCCAUGGAGGGUUGCAUCGAAGACGCCGUAUUUGACGAACUGCUACGGCGAUCCGAGAACAAGUGGUUGAAAAAGCAGGCGACGCGCUUGCGACACAAACGGCUAACAAAGCUAGUGCCAGAGCUGGCAAGGAAUGAGCGGGGGCUGGAGUAUAUAUUGCCAACCUGGAGGGUUAUCAUCGGGUGGGUUGUCGGCAUCAUGACGUUGAGGUGGGAGCAAAGGUUCUGA